AACCCAUCAGUUUCAAAUAAAGUUCGAAAUGGUGAUCAAGGUGUAAUAUUCCCCUAAAUAUCACUUCGAAUUAAAUUAUAAAAAUUAAUAAAAAUAAUAAAUUAUAAUUAUUAAAAAUUAAUUUUAAAAACAAGUGAAAAAUAAUAAAUUAUUUUCUAAAAAAUGAAUUUUUUUCACUUCAAAUUAAAUUUUUAGUUAAAAUAAAAAAAAUUUAAACGAACCUAAUUUUUAAAGAAAGUGAUAAUUAAUGUUUUGGUCAAAAUUUAACAAAAGACCAUCAAGUCCAACAAUCAAAAGUGAGGAUUCAAUUCUCGAGGAAAGCAUUCACGAGGUUUCCGAAUUUCAAGUUGUUUUAAUGAAAUCAAAUUUAAAUAAAAAUCCAAAACAAUCAAAUUCAAAUACAAUGAAAAGUGAAAGUGAUAAAGAAUCAGAAGCAAAUAAUAAUGAACAAAAUUUUACUGAUAAUGAAAUUAAUGAAAUAAAUGAAACAAGUGUUAUUCGUGAUUGUAAAGAUAAUCUCGAUUAUUCAAUAUCACAAUUAUCAUCGACAUCGUUUGAGAGAAAAUUAUUGCAGGACAUAAGUUUCGAUGGAAUUGAUAAAAAUAAAUCACUCUCGGAAUCGAGAAUUUUCGAGAAAACUUAUAUGAAGAAAAAUUUAUCCGACAUUGAUGUAAAUAUUGUAAAAUUGGAGAAAUCAAAAUCCCUCGAUGAAGAUCAAUUUAUUCAUUUAUUGAAAGAAGAGACUAUUCGAAAAUUUGAUGACACUAAUUUAUCGGCAUUGAAUAUUAGUAAUGAAUCAUGGUCAACGGCGCAUUCGAGAUUUUCAUUGCCAUUAAAUAAUUCAAGUCAAUCGCCAAUUGCAUUUUCACCGGCGGUCAAAAAUGAAAUUGAAAAGAAAAAAGAAGAAAAUAUUGAGACAGUAACGUCGGAUUUUGAAUUUUCUUUUACUGGCGUGAGUAGUACUUUUAUAUCGCCUAAUCGUCCAACAGAUUCUGAAUUUGAUAUCAAUUCAUUGUCGAAAGAGACUUAUUGGGUUAAAUCACACGAUACUACUGUUACUAUUAGUAGUAGCAGUAGUAGUAGUAGUGAGCCUUGUUCUACUGAUUCAGAAUCGGAAUCAGGAGAUAGAAAAUCGUCAGUGGAUCUUACAAGUGAUGAAAUUGAAAGUCUUAUUGAUGAUAAAUAUUCUACAGAAGGCGUACCAUUUCCUCCAUCUCGUAAACUAACAAUAGCAGAGGUCUUCGACACGCGAACAGGACGACCACGACCUGAAGUGCUCAAGCAACAUUUUAUUCUUGAAGGUAGAAUAGAUGAAUCUGCAGCACUCCGAAUUGUUAAUGAUGGAGCUGCUCUUCUUCGUUCAGAAAGAACGAUGAUAGAUAUCGAGGCACCUGUCACUGUCUGCGGAGAUAUUCAUGGCCAAUUUUAUGACUUGAUGAAAUUAUUUGAGGUUGGCGGACCACCGUCAACAACAAAGUACCUCUUUCUGGGUGACUAUGUUGACAGAGGUUACUUCAGUAUUGAGUGCGUUUUGUACCUGUGGGCAUUGAAACUGUGCCAUCCAACUACACUCUUCCUCCUCAGAGGUAACCAUGAGUGUCGUCAUCUUACGGAAUACUUCACAUUUAAACAAGAAUGUAAAAUAAAAUACUCAGAGAAGGUGUAUGAUGCAUGUAUGGACGCAUUCGACUGUCUGCCGCUUGCAGCUCUCAUGAACCAACAAUUUCUCUGUGUUCAUGGUGGCCUUUCGCCGGAAAUUCACAAUUUAGAUGACAUACGUUCCUUGGAUAGGUUCAAAGAGCCACCUGCUUUCGGUCCCAUGUGCGAUAUUCUGUGGUCAGAUCCUUUAGAAGAUUUUGGAAAUGAAAAAAAUGCAGAGCAUUUUUCUCACAACAGUGUUAGAGGUUGUUCAUACUUUUACAGUUAUACGGCAUGCUGUGAUUUUCUCCAAAGUAACAAUCUUUUAAGCAUUAUAAGGGCUCACGAGGCUCAAGAUGCUGGUUACCGUAUGUACCGUAAAUCUCAAGUAACGGGCUUCCCAUCAUUAAUAACCAUCUUUAGUGCUCCAAAUUAUCUCGACGUAUAUAAUAAUAAAGCGGCUGUGCUCAAAUACGAAAACAACGUGAUGAACAUUAGACAGUUCAACUGUUCACCACAUCCCUAUUGGUUACCUAAUUUUAUGGAUGUUUUUACGUGGUCUUUACCAUUCGUUGGAGAAAAGGUCACUGAAAUGUUAGUAAACGUAUUAAACAUUUGUUCGGAUGACGAGCUGAUGAGCGACGGAGAUGAGGGACUGGAAGAAGUCGCAGCCAAAGUUGUUGUCCAAAAAAAGAAUGGUGCAGCAGCCAAUCUCCGCAAGGAAGUUAUUAGAAACAAGAUCAGGGCCAUUGGAAAGAUGGCGCGUGUCUUCUCCGUUCUCAGGGAAGAAAGCGAGAGUGUUUUGCAGCUUAAAGGGCUUACACCGACAGGAUCUCUACCACUUGGCGCUUUAUCUGGAGGAAAGACAUCUUUGAAAAAUGCGCUGCAAGGCUUCUCGCCGAAUCACAAGAUUACCUCAUUCGCUGAAGCUAAAGGGCUAGAUGCAAUAAACGAAAGAAUGCCACCCCGAAGGGAUGCCCCUCCAACGCCAGCCAUCGAGGAAAGACCGGUAGAAAAUUCACCCGCUGACGCUGGAGAAAGGCGGGACCAUAACGGUCCACAGCAACAAUCGUGAGCCUCGUCCAAACGAG